AUGUCUCGGGAAUGCCUCAGAUUCAUGAAAACCUUUCAGGUUAAAUACCCCAUUGUCCAAGCUCCGAUGGCUGGGGUAUCAACGCCUGAGAUGGCAUCUGCUGUCUCCAGGAGCGGCGGUUUGGGUUCCUUGAGCUUAUCGCACAUAAACCUCCAAGAACCAUCUUCCAUUUCAGCAAUACGAAAAAUUACUGAUGGAUUUGAAUCUAAAACCGGUGCAAAUCCUCGAUCGGCCAAUUUGAACUUCUUCUGUCAUCCCAUUUACCCCAUCCCUACCUUAAUUCAGAAAGAAAACUGGAAUAGGCUCUAUGGAAAACUUUUAGAGCCCGAGAACCUUGACUUGUCACUGAGUUUCAACAACGGAAAUGUGAGUUUCAAAACCAUCGAAACACCCGAAAAUGCGGAGAUUUUCCAGUCUCUAUUGACUUUUUUCGCGAAUGAAUUUACGCCUGGGAUGGUGAGUUUUCAUUUUGGGUGUCCGUCUUCCGAUUCCAUUCAAAAGUUAAAGAAGCUGGGAAUAGCCAUCUUUGUCACAGCAACAAAUGAGUUCGAGGGAGAGGAGCUCAUUAAGUUGGGAGUCGAUGGCAUUGUCUGCCAAGGUUUUGAGGCGGGAGGGCACCGAGGCAGCUUUCCAGAUUCUGAAGCCAAAUUUGACGAGGGUCUUUCAACACUCUGCUUGUUCAAGCGGCUGAAGGCGGUCAAGAAAAAAAUGGGAAGCGAGACGUUUCUCAUCCCUGCUGGUGGGAUCAUGGACUCACGGACCAUUCAAUUUUACUUAGAUGAAGGCGCUUCAGCCUGUCAGCUGGGAACAGCAUUUCUCGCCGCUGCUGAGUCAAAGUCCAGCACAUUCUACCAGAAACUCCUAAAAUCACACGACAGCAUAUCUACCACCAUCACACCUAUUCCGUCGGGACUUCCUGCGAGAACUCUACUGACGCCCUUUAUCGAAAGACUCUCCAGUCUUAGUCAAGGAGAAGACUUGCCACCUUAUGGCUACAGAUAUAGUGAAUUCAAACUUCUGCGAUCGAAAUUUCCCUCUUUAGUUAACUUCAACUUAUGCGGCCAGGGCGUUGACCAAAUUCAAACGGGGAAUGACAAAUGUUUGAGCACUGCGGAAAUUUUCAGCGGCCUGACGCAGGGACUUAUCAUUCCCAAAGAGUAG